CCAAUAAAAAACGCCGUUCCCAGAGGUAUAUAUUUCGUCAAUUAAACUAGACGCGUUUGUUUGCAAUUGUCGAAGGCGAAUGACCGAGAAUUGUGGCGAAAGAAUCAGUGGACCAAGCAACAGUUUUCCUCUGACUAUGGGCGAUAGCUCGUCAUCGAAAGUCCAGCCAGUUUAUAUCAAAAAUUAUGAUAUACUUAUAUUUUUCCUUGAGGAAGAGCCCAAACAAGAUGAACACAGAAGCUUCAUUGUGCACAAUUCUGGCAUCGUCAUAAUGUCUCAGAAAGGACGUAUACGAAUUGCUCGCCACAAUAUAAACGUCGCGGAUUUAGAAAAUGCCGUUGAUUCAAACGGAACUUCUAUCCGCGGCGUAAAGGUCAUUCGCCGUAAAAAGCUUCAUGUGUUGGUUGCUGGGGGACAGCUAAACGUGUAAGCACAAUUGCUCUUAUCACAGGUCGGAAUUUUGUCAUUAGAACUUUUCGUGGUGGUGAUGAUUUAGCGUAAUUUUCACGAGAGUUAUCUAUUGUUAAAAGUAUAUUGUUGUUCGUCUUGGUCGUAAAGGUAUGGUUUCUUCGAAUUUCGAUGAAAUUUUUUGUCAUGGAAGAUGUUUUUGAGAAAUCUUCUGUUGAUUCUAAAUCUGAGAACGAUACCAUUCGAUGUGGAAAGCAUCCGUGUUUUAAAAGAUCAAGCGAUGACAGUAAAGAGAUGGUUUAUUCUGUUGAACGAUUAGAAUCUCGACAAAGCUCGCUCAAAAACUAUGGUGAUCUUAAUGUCAUAUUUCUCAAAAACUCUUUGGGAAUUUUAACUUAUGAUGUCAAAGUAAAAAAUCUUCGUGGAACAGUCGUCAUUUCGUUCAAUCCUAUCAUAAAGUUUGCUGUUGACAAAGAUGUAACAAUAUGGGAUAUAGGAGAAAGAAGAGUUAAAUGGGAAAAAAUUGACUGCGUGACUAGCAAUUUAAGCGAGUCUGGCGUUACUCGCAACUCAAAUAUAUCUGUCGUUACUCGCAACUCAAGAAAAUCUGUCGUUACUCGCAACUCAAGAAAAUCUGUUGAACGUGUGGAUUCUCUUCAAACAUCGUUCCAGAAUCAUGGUGUUCUGAUAUUUGUCUUGUGUGAAAAGAUUAUUGGAAAAGAAACUUUCAAUAUCAACAUAGAAAAUGAUAGUGGAGACGUGAUCAUUUCGGAAAAUCUCGUCAUCAAAAUAAAUGAAAGCAGAAAGUUAAAUAUCUGUGAUGUAGAAAAUAUGAUUCAAUAUGAAGAUGACAAUAAUCUCGUUACUCGCAACUCAAAUUCUUUUAUCCGUGAGAAUUGAUAAAAAUAUCAUUGUACCACAAUAUUUGUCGUGCUUAAAUCAUGACGUAAGCACAAUACUUGAAUUUAUUAUAAAAUGUACAGAGAUAUUCAGUUUUAAGUGUAUAGCUACUCAUAUAUAUUAUGAACAUUUAUCUUCGACGUCGAACUUAUUACAAUGUAGAAAUUACUCCAAUAGUUCAUGGUUAGAUUUAUAACGAAGUUAUUUUAGUUGAUUAAGUUUUUUAUUAAAAUAUAACAUUUUAUACUGAAGUAGAAUUUAACUUCUUCCCUUGGCCAUGCUAUAUGAAUCAUCAAUUUAGCAAUUGCUAUUCGAUUUUCAUUUGAGUAGAUUUUAGUAUUAAAUAUCAAUUGUCAACCUCAUUCCAACAUUCCAAAUCACACAAUUACGUAUGGCAUACUUAGAGCCAUUUAAUUAAACUGGGAAUUUUACUGCCACGUUUCGCCCUUGUGUUCACCAACAUAGUUAACUUUGACCGACUUUGUGGUUCGUGGCAAUCACAUGACAUGUGAAGAAGAAAUUGUCCAAUCACGUUGAAGAUUUAAUCACACCGUAGAAGGUGUGGCGAUUGAACUUUGCGCAAUUAGAUAUAUGAAGUGUGAUCAGGUGUUGAUUCAUCAUUCAGUUUGCUAGCCAGUUGGGAACAACUGGACAAUAAUUAGGAGCUUAGAGUCGUCAUUUUAAACUGACAAAAAAUAGUAAGCUUUUCAUUCAGUAAAGAUCAUCUGGCAUGUCUUGUCUCUGGAGUCAGUUCUACAGAUGCCAGAAUGCAACUGAAUCAGACAUGUACGAUGAACGAAAAGAGAUGACUGGUAACGAACAGGCUUAUGGAGCAAAAAUACGACAAGCGUUGUUUCAAAUUUAUAUCUUUCUCAUUUUCUUGUCUCGUGAAAAGGCAUUUGAAUAUGACGUGGUUGUUCUCGCAACUCAAGAUUCUGUAUCGUUAAACUGGAAGGAAGCCUUUCCUAAAGCGACAGGUCGUCAGCCAUUGAAAGAGUCAAAAGACAUUCACGCUCAAGUAGGUCGUGUAUGGAAAGCACAAUUCCAGUUUUCAUUAAAAAAAAUAUGAACAAUUAAUAAGCGUUACUUGCAACUCAAAGCGGACACAACUGCGUUAUUUUAUCCCAAAGAAGUUUAACAAAUUGAACAUAUUGAACAUAUUCAAGUUUACAAAUAUGUUCAAUAAACUUGCUGACAGCGUAUGCUCUUAGAUUUUGAAAUUCUUAAGAACUGUAAAAAUAUGCAUCAUGUGUUUAAUAAUCGGUAUUAAACUUGUUUUUAAUGUUAUUGUAAGGUCUCUACUCUGGCAUUAUUGGAGACAUUUUUUGGCACAUUUUUACAUCCUUUUGAAUGUAAAAAGUUCUCCAAUAUUCUUUAUAGCUGUAAUUACCCUUACUAAACACUAAUGCAUCUAAGUUGAUCGCACAGAACGUAAGGAAUUUCAUUUUUCGAAAUGUUAUGGAUGAAAUAAUGUACUGUCUUAAAUCCUCUUGCAAUGAAGUCUUUUUCUCUCUUUUUUACUGACCGAGAUAAUCUCUAAUAUUGUGUCUCCUAAUGAUAAUAUCUAAUCACUUAAUGUAUUGUGUAAAAUAGUGAUAAAUAAAUCGUGAAAUUAAAUUGCCUCAUAAACAAAUAUAAUUUUCAUUAAAAGUCCA